GCGCUUUUAUACCACGCAAGGAGUACGUGAAAUUCCGAAAACUCAUUACCUCAAAACUAAACCAAAAUUGAAAAAUUCUCCAUUUCUUCAGCUGUGUCAGACGCAUCAACUCGAAAGUUAUAAAAGCGAAAUUGGAUUGAGUCAUACCCAGCAGCCUAUUGAAAAUCACAGCGCGCUUAAGCCCAUCAACCAAUACACAAUCUCAGUUAUGAUUCGCUCACGCAAUAGUAUACGCAACUCUAGCCAAAGCAGCAACAACACAAACAACAAAUUCUCCAGCGACAAUAACACUUACUUGGGUAACUUAUAUGACGACACCUAUGCGCGAUAUUCGCAAUCAAGUGAACACUCUACAAAUGCAAACUCGUUGACCAACUCAACAUUCUCCCUGCUAGAACACCAAAAACCAUUCGAACGUAGCCCAUGCCCUUUAGUGAAAGCAACAGCAAAGCCGAAAGCAGCUGCAUCUGAUCAUAGCCAUCGCCAACCAUGGCGACAAUCUAAGAGCGUAGCAUACCAACCAGCACGGCCAGCCUUCGUUACGCCUGGCUCAGGACAAAAGCUGUCAUAUCAUUCUAAAUUACAGUAUCCUGGCGCUGUUCCACUUUCAUAUGUGGCGAGUCGCCCUAUGCAUGGCGCGGCAAAAGAUGUAGAUAUUGCUACGAAGGCGUUACAGACGCAGCACCAGCAGCAAUUAGUAGCAGGAGCAAAAUUUCAUUCAACGGCUAACAGUGUGCGAUGCAUGCGUCGACCGCGGCUAUGGAUGCCGACAGCGUUAAAGCGGAUUUUACGCGCAAAGAAGCGUACGCACAACGGAAAAGUGGGUAUUUGGAGCAAAGGACGUGCUUUCGUUUUUGAGUUUCUGCAAGGUUCCUCCAUACAUGGUUUCAUAUAUUUGGCAAAAAUCGGUCUCAGUUUUGUUGAGAGAAUGAUUUGGUUCGCCUUUAUCUGCGUUGCUCUCUUUGCUAUCAUUUCGCUGAGUAAACGAACUUGGGUACGUUUUCAAACCUCACCUAUGGUCAUAUCGAUGGAUCGCAACAAGUUAGUGUGGAAUACGAGCUUUCCUUCGCUCACCGUAUGUCCUCACAAGCGCAUCGAUGAACUGAAAGUCGAGGAGUAUAUGGACACUCAUCCAGAAACCUUCGAAUCGGUAGAAGAUCGGGAGGACUUUCGCAUAUUCAUCGAUAAAUUGGCACGUCUCACUUAUGAGAACAUCGAAACAUUGCCGCGUAAUAAAUCUUUUGGCAUACCGGGCAACAAGUAUCUGGAUUUGCUGUACGAACUCAAGUGGAACUUCGAGCCGGAAAUGAGUAGUGGCGCCGCCGUACAAAUGUUUAUCUAUGAAACACUCACUGAGUUUGGCAUUUGUCAUUCGGUUAACUCGCUGGUGGCGCGCUACAAUUCUUAUGAAUAUUGGAAAGGCAACGAUUGGAACUUCUUAGAGCAUGGCGAUCGCGUCACCGUUCAUCCGCUCGAUGGUGAAAUUUAUGCGCAAAUUAUAAAUCUCUCCACUGCAUAUGAUGUCUACUUCCACGGCGCAGGCGAUAUACCGAACAUUUCCAAACAGCGCUAUACAUUUCCGGAAAGUGAUUACACAACAGUGGAGCUAAUAGCGCUGGAGAUCUAUACAGCAGAGGAGGCGCGAGCCUUCACCACCACCCAACGCAAAUGUCGCUAUCAAUACGAGGCUGAGGAAAUGCAAACGGCGCCCAUCUACAGUUUUGGUCUCUGUCUGGCUGAGUGCCGCAUGUUUUUCGCGCUAAAAGUUUGUGGCUGCGUGCCACAUUUCUAUCGUAAUCAUUUUAUCUGCAUUGCGUUGUACAACGAGAAUUUUCCGCAAAAACCUGUGAAUAUAGCCAAUUAUUUCGCCAUUGCAACGAUUUGGCGCCAACACUGUGGCGUCAUUCUCUAGCAGCGUCAUUUUGUUGAUAC